GGCGGGUGGGCGCGGGGCACGCCGGGAACGGGGCGCCCAGGAGUGGCAGUGUGUGCCGGGGUCCGCUUGUGGCCUCCCGCGCUGGGGGCCGAGGCGUGGGGCCCUUGGCAGGCUACGGCAGCGGCCGGGAAGGAGGCAGCGGGGCUGCGAGGGGCUCCGGCCGCCCCGCGCUCAGGCUGAGGUUCCCCAGGACGCCGCACGGCAUAGUGCGGUUCCCGCGGGCGGGCGGAGCCAUUGGCCGUGCCGCCGUUGCCUGGUAGCGGCGGGCUCGGCCUUCCCCUCCUCGUCUCUCCGUUGGCGGCCGCCGCGCUGCGAUGAGGGCCACUGACUGGUGCCUCAGCUCCUCGGGGGCUGCCCUCGUCCUAGCCACCUCCAGCGACGGGCAGCACCCUGCCGAGAACGUGGUGGACGGAAGUUCAGGCACGUUUUGGACAACGACAGGCAUGUACCCCCAGGAGUUCAUUGUCGGCUUUCCUGAGUGUGUCACCAUCAGCAAAGUGGCAAUCCAGUGUUACCUGGUGCGGACCUUACGGAUCGAAAGAAGCGUGUCUAGAGACCCAGUAGAUUUUGAGCAGUGCAUUGAAAAAGAUUUGCAACACACAGAAGGACAGCUUCAAAUGGAAGAAUUUCCACUUCCUGAUUUCCAAGCCACUUACUUGCGUUUCAUCAUCAAAUCUGGCUUUGAUCAUUUUGUGUCAGUGCACCGGGUGAUGGCAGAGGGCAUGGCAAGAGACACUUAAACCCACCUUCAGCUUGGAUGGUUUUUGGUUUGUUUGUUUUCUAAUGUAAGGAAGUUACAGAGAAUAUUUAUUAUGAAGAGCUUAUAUUAAAGUGAUUUUGGAAGGUG